UAUACAGCAACUUGCAUCGUAUUCACUUUUCUGUAUCAGAUGACGUUUUUCGGAGGUUGCCUGGCGUUAAGUGGAUACAGAGAAAAGUCGAAUUUUUUUUCCUUUACUUUUACUCGAGUACAAUUCGAAGAAAACACUUCGGCAGAAGACGAAAUUCAAAAAGAAGCUUCCAUGGUAUUUUUUAAAGAUGUGUUAGGAAAAAUACUAUCGAAUCCAGUUUUGAAGAUAAUUGUUGUCUUUAUCUAUAUCAUUAAUUUAUCACUUGGAAUUUGGGGUGCUCAUUCUAUUGAACAGGGAUUAAAGUAUGAGCAUUUAUUUGCCGAAGAUAUAAAAGUUCAAGAAUCCAUAGAAAAUCUCUUAAAAAAAUUCGAGCAACAUCCACAUGUGGCAGAAGAGCAAAACACUGUAUCGUGGUUAAAGUUUUAUAAGGAGUUUCAGAAUAACCCUGUCGCGAAAUUCUCGUUAGGAGGUUAUAACAUGUCGAACAAACAGGAUUUCAUCGAUGGUCUUCGAAACGUUUUCUUCAAAAUACGCGCAGCCAAGUCACUAUCUAAUGAUAUCGUCUUCAACAGCGACGGAACUGACAUCUUGUAUAGCAGAUUUUUUAUCAUGGGUAAGAAUUUGAAUUCUUCACAAACAGACAGAGACACAUUGAAAGAAUUAUGGAAAAUUGCUGAAAAAUCCGAUAUUCCUGUUUUGGUGCACUGUAUUAAAUCGAGUGUAAUUGAGCAAGGUUUAAUCAUAGAACACACAAUUUAUCAAUUAUUUUGGAUUACGGCCGUUUUAAUAACUAUAAUCUUUUUCUUAAUGAUACCGAACGUUCUAGUUGCCCUUACUGUUGCCAUAUCUGUUGUAUGUUCAAUAAUAGAAACAUUGGGUUACAUGUCAUUGUGGGGCGUCAAUUUAGAUAUAUUCUCUAUGAUGAAUCUAAUUUUGUGUGUUGGAUUCAGUGUGAAUUACCCUUGUCACAUGUCUUAUGCUUAUAUAACGUCAUCCGAGAAGAGAGCGAACGAGAAAAUGAGAGAUUCUUUGUAUCGUAUUGGGUUUUCUGUAAUACAAGGCUCUCUGUCCACGGGUCUAGGAAUAUUGAUUUUGUAUUCUGAUGUAUAUUUUCUGUCGACAUUUGUGAAAAUUGUAGUACUUAUUGCUGUAGAAACGGCAUUUCAUGCAUUGCUUUUUAUACCCGUCGUACUAUCUACGAUUUUUUCCGUGUUCCAGAAAAGACAAGAUACUUAAACUUCGUUCAUCGAAUAAGAAACUUUUAUUAUAGUUUUAGGUAACAAGAAUCCUAUUAUCCGAAGUAAUAACAUUAAUAGUUUACCCGAGAU